UGUAAACCCUGUUAAGCCACGGGCAUCAGACAAGUGAUGGGUAUCAAGCCUGCAUACUGGUGGGAAACACUACUCAACCAUUAAUUAACUGGCUGUCUGCAUAACACCCCCGCCCCCAGGUGGCACCCACGUGAGAGAGCUUCCUGUCUGAAGGUGCAGACAUAGCCCCUGCCUUCAAAGAGCCCAAGACUGAUGGAGGGGACAUCCUCACUCCUGGGGAACCCCUCGGCCCAGGGUAAAGAGUGUUCUUGCAGGCCCAGGAAGGAGACCAGAGUACCUUGCAGUGACACACUUAGUAAACAUCUGUGUCUACACGAAGGACAGGAGCGGGUGCCGAAGGCACAAAGGAAAGCCCCGUGGCUGCCUUCCAAGCAAGGUCUGCAGAGAUUGCGGGGCCCAGGAGCAGCAGUGUCAGGUGCUGUACCCGAAAGUCGGCUCUGGGUUCUCAGCAUUUCCCAGGUACACCCACCUGCUGGAGCCGCCACUUUAUUUUGGUUCCCUAGCCCCUCCCCCCCAGGUCAGACCCGCCUUUCCCUCCCCUUUGUCCCCUUCAUGGGCUCCCUUCUUCCCUUCUCACGGGUACUUGCACCUCUGGUGGGGAGAGCAACAGCCCCCACCUCUCCCCCUCAAAUAGUCCAUUUUCCUGUCCUGUGGGGCAGAAUGGGUCUCCAGCUAAGUGGGUCUGGGGUGAGGGGGUGAGGAGGAUGGAAAGACAGGUGGGAAUCAGAAAACCAGCCCUGAGGGGUUUCUGGAGGGAGAGAAAGAGGCUUAUUUCAGUCCUGAGAGCCAGGCGGUGGGAGGCAGGCAACGCUGUGCUCUCCGAGGGGCCUGAGGGGGAGGAGGAGGAGCGGUGGGCCUGUGCCUGGAGACGUCACCCUUGGGCUCUAUAAGAGGGACGCGAUCAGACCACUGGUGAGCCCAGCUCCCCUGUCUGUGGGUGUUCACCGACCCCAGGAGCACCUGGAGACCCCACGGAGCUCUGACCCCGCUGGACAGAGCCAAGGUAGGCGCAUGGGGGCACCCACACUGGAGGGGGGUCUGCCCAGCCCCAGGGAGGCUCCCUGCACGGGAGCUGGAAUUUAGUUCUAAGACUGACAGACACAUCCUGGGUAGGCAAAGGGGGUGCUGAUCUUUCCUGAUUAUCGGGUUGGCCAGAUUAAUCUGGGAUGUCUCAGUGAAUAGCCUGACUGGCAUCUAUCAAACCAGGACCUUGGGGAUCCCUUACUGUGGAAGGAAUAAAAGCAGUGAGUGAGCUCUGGCUGGGAUCAGAGGCACAGGAGCUUCUGGAGGGAGCUGGGGAACCCUCAGGGCUCAGGGGCUCCAUAGGACUCCUCUGAGAAGUUCCCCCAACUUCUAGACGGCAAGUACAAAGCUAACAGAAGAGCCCCUACACACUAGCCCCCCCCUACCCCCCACUAAAGACCGGGAGGUGCCCCAGGAAGGAAGCCGCCUCCCUUCACAACCUUUCCCCCCACACCUGGAAUCUAUUGCUCACUAGGUCUAAAGCCUGGGCCGGGAGCGCCAGAAUUGUCCACAGCAGACCAGCCUCUCUGAAAGUCGAUGGGUCUUUUCCAAACAGUUCAACUCUAGCACGUGUGCUAGAUGCUUCUGCGCUAGAAAGUAAACUAAGACUUGGGGGGAUGGGUGUGUGUGUGUGUGUGUGUGUGUGUGUGUGUGUGUGUUCUCACCUGGGUAUCUCUGAGGAGGAGGUGCUACGGGUGGGAAGAGCUUGCAAGGACCCUAACCUGGAACCACACAGCCUGCCCCCCUUCGCCCCCCCUGCUCCCGCAGAGCAGCCGUGGUGCUCCACCUGCCAUGCAACGCACAUUCCCCCGGGCUCAGCCUACUCUGGCGUGAGGCACUCCUCCACCUCACUGCUCUCUUUCUCUCCAGCGAAGCUCUGCCCUCCGGCAGGCUGCGGGGCCUGUGGGUCCCCUCCACGCCCAGCCCCUGUUGGAAACGCCUUCCUAAUCCUUGUAUUCAUGCGGCUGACCAGGGCUCAGAAACUCAGCUCAAACCCACCUGCCCCCGCUCCAGGAAGAGCUCCCAUGGGCUCUCAGAGCUCCCUGGGUACCCGACGCCUCCAGCCUAUCGCUGCCGGUGUUACUGUGAAACGGUCACCUAAGACGACUCAAUUUCUUGAGCUACGUCUUGGGGAGGGGCUGGGAACAAGCAAGGCUGUGUCCUAGUAGCCUGGGCCCCUAGCGCCUAGCAGAGCUCCUAGUUGGCGCUGGGAUCAGGAAUGAUCUCCGAACUGACCUGGACCCUGCGCUCCCAUGGUUUGAAGCCAUAAAACAAAUGGUUUCAUGCUCUAACAGACUGAGCCCGCCUUUCCUCCUUGAGUGCAGAAAGCCUUGUCUGGGUUUCAGGGUCACAGAAUCAAAGUCUGUAAGGAAAAGAGACUAUCUGAGGGGAUAGUCGGUGGCCAGUCUGACACAAUGCUCUUAUUUCACAGAGGAGCAAUAUGAUCCAGAGAUGGGGGUGACUUUCUCACAUCCCACAGAGAGGGGACCAGAGCUGGGGCCAGAUUUGAGUGUUCUUGAUCCUAUUUGGACAGUCUUCUUCUCUGCCCCGUGCCCAGGUCCUGGAGAGGAAUGGUGGUAGGGGCAAGAACAAAGGUAUGGACAGGGCUGAGCAAUCAUUAGCAGCUGAUGAGCAUCCAUGAGAGCCCCACCCUCCCCCACUUGCCCUCCUGGACCACAGUGGCUCUGGCCCGCAUCCUUUUUGUCCAGCCUUUGGACCUGCCUCCCCAUCAGUUGGUCUUUACUCAUGUUUGUUGGACAAUCUCAAAGUGCCUGACGACUUUUUUCAAAGAGAAAUUCAACUUGGGAGGCAGCUGGGGUGGGGGCGGGGCCCAAGAGGGAAGGCAAAGGGGAUGUAGUGAGAGUCAGGGUAAGCAGCUCCCACGGCAGCAGCCCAAAGCAGGAGGUCGAUCCAAUCUUCUUGGAGCCCGCGCUGAAUAGAACAAGGAGACAAUUGACCGGAUAAAUCAGGGAAAGUUUUUUCUCUUCCUUGUAUUACAGACAAUAAGACAAUUUAACGACAGUCCUCAAGGGUUAUGAAAAAGAACACGACGCUUGCCUCUUUUUUCCUUUUUUUCUUGAAAUAGGAAAGGACUGAAGUGUCUUUUGCAGCAGGAGGGAGCUGGGCCAGGUUCAGGAAGGUGCGGUCUAACAGGAGGGUUGGUCACUGAAGUCCAGGAUAUGUACAGGGCCCAGCACGGAGCUCCCAGCGCCCCACCCCUACCCCGAAAAUAUCCGGACCUCAGGGCACUUGCCCAGUGGAACGCCUUGCCCUGCUUGCCUUCACUCCCUCCUCCUCACUGCCACACACUGCCCCCCACUCGGGCGCUUUCCUCUCCAUGCUGGGCUCUGCCCCAGCCCCCAGCCCACACCGUGCACCUGACUUAAUUCUCUCUCCCUCCGUCUCAGCCUCAGGACACUGCCAGCACCUGCAUCAUCUCACCAGGAUGAACUCCCUGGUUUCUUGGCAGCUAAUGCUUCUCCUCUGUGCCACUUCCUUCAGGGAGACAUUAGAAAAGGUGGCACCCAUGGAGACUCCUGGACCUGCAGGUAUGCAUUUUCUGGGGAGAGGAUGGGAGGGAGCACAUGAGUUGUUAGAAAAUGAGGGUUACCAUAUUUUUCAAAGUGAGGCUAGUCUGUUGAUCUGCAAGCUUUUCAUCUGGUUUGACAUAUUUAAUAAGCAUUUGAGGCCCUACUACAUUCAGAGAGGCCGGGACAGGCAAGGAGCCAGGAAGAGCAGUAAAGCUGAGUGUCCAGCAAAUACUGCAGGCUUAUUUCCAACCUCUACCCUGUUCGCCUCCAAGAGGGAAGUCAUGCCACAGAAAAGAUAUUUCAGAUCAUUGUGGAGAACCCUUGAGACCGAAGCUAUGUUGAAAGAGAGAGGAGCCAGUGGCCUCACCGUCCGGGCCAGGAUGCUCCUGCGGGUGGUGGGGUGGUGCGGGGCCUGGGGCCCUGUGCCCUCCUGGUCGAGGCGGGCGGGGAAGGGAUGGAGCAGACUUCCUGAGCCUUGCCCGGGCGCCGCCUCACCGCAGCCUCUGCGUGGCUCUCCCCUAGGCCAGCGGCUGGGAGCCCAGGCCCUCCCGGCCCCCUGGGAGCGGAGCCCGCCGCGCGCCCCCCAGCGCCACCUGAUGCCCGCCCGCCGGGGCGCGGACCUGCCCGCCUACAACUGGAACGUCUUCGGCCUGCGCUACGGCAGGCGGCGGGCCGCGACCCCGGGGCUGCGCGGGGGAACCCCAAGCCCCAGGCUCAGGGUCCCGGUGGGCUGGGGCCUGGGGCUGCGGUCCUGAAGAGACAUAAAGGAAUGCUGCGACACACCCGGAGUGCGACCUGGGGCUGACUUUUGCAAGCAGCACAGACGAGACCGCUCUCAUUCUACCCUCUUUUGGCUCUUUCCAUGGCUUUAAAAUGGCUUUUAGUGUUACCAAGCAGAGGUAACAGUGCUUUUCCAACUAGCGAUGUGUUGCGAUGCCUGCCUGCGUGGCUCAGCCCCGUGGGCCUCUGCACUCUGCCCAGGUUGUGAUCCCAGGGUCCUAGGAUCCAGCCCUGCGUGGGCCUCCCUCUGCCACUCACUCGCUCUCAAAUAAAUACAGUC